AUUUAAACCACAAAAACAGCAGGCCGCCACAUUUAUUGGAUCAUCUUGAACAGAACAAUCCACUAUCCCUGAUUCAUCUUCUAUCCAGUAUUUCUCCCUAACAACAAAAACCCAGAUCACAAAAACCCCAAUACCAUAAAAUCCUAUAUGUGUCAACUUCUUAAUACAAAAUGGGAUUAGAUUCGGUGAAGCCCUUACCGGUGCCGGUGCAAGAAGAAUCACAAACAAAUCAAUCCACUUCACUUCUGUCGGCCGAUACCGAAACCACCGCGGCAAAACCUUCCACCAACGUUCUCAUCUCCUCACUCCUCCUCACUACCUGCAUCGCCGUCUCCGCUGCCGUUGCUUUCGCCUUUCUCUUCUUCUCCGCCGUCAAAACCACCAACCAUUACCACCAUAUUACCACCUCUCUCCAACUCGCCCGUCCGCUCACUAAACUCUCUCACCCGGUGGUGAUCCUCAUUUCUUCCGACGGGUUUCGGUUCGGGUACCAACACAAAACCCCCACCCCUAACAUCCACAGAUUAAUCAACAACGGAACCGAAGCCGAAACCGGGUUAAUCCCGGUUUACCCAACAUUAACUUUCCCAAAUCAUUACUCAAUUGCCACAGGAUUAUACCCUGCAUAUCAUGGAAUUGUAAACAACAAAUUCAUUGAUCCAAAGACAGGGGAAACCUUUACAAUGAGUAGCCAUGAACCCAAAUGGUGGCUCGGUGAGCCCAUAUGGGAGACCAUAUCGAACCACGGGUUAAAGGCUGCUACCUAUUUCUGGCCCGGGUCCGAGGUAAAAAAGGGUUCGUGGGAUUGUCCGAAGAAGUAUUGCGCAGCGUAUAACGAAUCUGUCCCGUUUGAACAACGGGUCGAUGACAUUUUGAGUUAUUUCGACUUACCAAAUCAGGAUAUUCCGGUUUUUAUGACAUUGUAUUUUGAGGACCCUGAUCAUCAGGGUCAUAUGGUUGGCCCGGAUGAUCCGCAAGUGACCGAAGCUGUUGGUAAGAUUGACGGGUUGAUUGGGAGAUUGAUCAAAGGUUUGGAAAACCGCGGUGUGUUUGAAGAUGUUACGAUAAUCAUGGUCGGUGAUCAUGGGAUGGUCGGUACGUGUGAUCAGAAACUAAUCUUUUUAGACGAUUUAGAACCGUGGAUCAAGAUUCCCAAAGAAUGGGUUCAGUAUACCACCCCCGUGUUAUCUAUCCGACCGCCAUCUGAUCAGUCGGUUACUGACAUCGUAGACAAAAUGAACCGAGCUUUGACUUCCGGGAAGGUCAAAAACGGCGAUAAGUUGAAAAUCUAUCUUAAACAAGACCUUCCCGAAAGGCUGCAUUACUCGGAGAGUGAUAGGAUCACCCCGAUUAUCGGGCUAGUUGACGAAGGGUUUAAGGUGGAACAAACGGACUCGAAGAGUAUGGAGUGUGGAGGUGCACACGGGUAUGAUAACUCGUUUUUCUCCAUGAGAACGAUCUUUAUCGGUCAUGGUCCGCCAUUUGCUAGAGGUCGAAAAGUGCCAUCUUUUGAGAAUGUUCAAAUAUACAACUUGAUUACAUCAAUUAUUGGCAUAAAUGGAGCUGCCAAUAAUGGGUCAUCAACCUUUCCAAAGAGUGUGCUUUUGCCUCAUCAUUGAUCAAGACUUGCAUUUUUUUGUCUGGUUUUUGUGUUGACAUUGAUGCAUCUUUUGAGGUAAUGUUGGUAUGUUGUGGUUGAUUUAGGUUAAUAAAGAUGUUUGUUUCUAAAAUGUUUUGUGUUGAAUGUAAGUUGAGUGGAUUAGACAUGUAUUCACUAAAAGCUAGACUUGGUAUCAUGGUAUCAUAUUAUUAUCUUCUUGUGUUGUC